GGGCAAUGAUAUAGGCAUACAGUUGGGGUUGGUUCAUUGAUGUAGUCUUCUGUGAUCUGUGAGAUGGAUAAACACUUGCUUUCACUUUGAUUCGUUCUGUUUGCGAUAAAUAACCACUUGUUACAGGCCCAAGGCUGAGAAUAUGUAUGAGGAGGCUGAACCGGUAAAAAGUGGUCUUGUGGGAGCUGAAACUUGUACAAAUAAAUAUUCUGAAGACUUGGAUUGGGAUGAGUUUGGCAAUGAUUUGUAUGCAAUUCCUGAUACCAUACCCUUUCAGUCCAACAACCUUGUCCAUGAGGCUCCACCUUCUAGUAAAGCUGAUGAAGAAAGCAAGAUCAAAGCUCUAAUUGAUACACCUGCUUUAGAUUGGCAGCAGCAACCUGCUGAUGGCUUCGGUGCUGGUAGAGGUUAUGGGCGUGGUCCAGGACAUUUUAUUCAACAUUGUCCUACAAAUGGUGACCCCAACUAUGAUGUCAGGAGGGUGAAGCCUCCAACUGGUAUUCCCAAGUCUAUGCUAGUGACUACCCCAGAUGGUUCAUAUGCUUUACCAAGUGGGGCUAGUGCUGUUAUGAAGCCUAAUGAGGCUGCCUUUGAUAAAGAAGUUGAAUGCAUGCCUUCUACACGUUCUGUAGGCGAGCUUCCACCUGAACUCCAUUGUUCUUUGUGUAAAGAAGUCAUGAAAGACGCUGUCCUUACUAGCAAGUGUUGCUUCAAGAGUUUCUGUGACAAAUGUAUAAGAGAUUACAUCAUAUCUAAGUUGAUGUGUGUGUGUGGAGCCACAAAUGUGCUUGCAGAUGAUCUCUUGCCCAACAAGACUCUAAGAGACACCAUCAAUCGUAUCCUCGAGUCCAAUAACAGCAGUGAACAUGGGGGCAGUACCCUUCAAGUUCAAGAUAUGGAGUCUGCCCGGACUCCGCAUCCCAGGAUUCCAUCCCCUUCACAAUCUGCUGCUUCCAGAGGAGAGAAACUGCCCCCACCAUCUCUUCAGAAAGAAGAGAGUUCGAGGGCGCAAGAGGGAAUGCAAGAGGUAAAGGUGGAUGCUGCUCUACAACAGGUGUUGGAGAAAGAGAAGACAUCAAAAGUGGCUGAUGUUUCAGAAGCCACACAUGAGUCAAUUAGUGCGAGGGAACAGACUUCUCAGGGAAGUGCUCCACUGGUUGAUGAAGAAGUCCAGCAGAAGCAAGCUGCUUCUGAUGCUGCUGCAGACAUGCAGUGGAGAGCAUCUCAUGACAUGGCAGCUGAUAAUUAUAUGAUGCCUAUGGGCCCUACGUAUAAUCCAUAUUGGACAGGAAUGCAACCUGGAAUGGAAGGGUUUGGAGGCCCAUUUCCCGCUCCAAUGCCAUAUAUGAAUCAUGGUUUUGGUCCAUUCGAUGCCCAGUUUGGUCCAAUGAUUCCACCACCGAAUCCAUUUGGAGCACAAAGUUGCAUGUUACCUCCUUUUUGCCCUCCUCAAAGAGAUCUUGCUGAUUUUGCAAUGGGAUUUAACAACGGCCCUCUAGGAGGAUUUAACAAUGGCCCUCCAAUUAUGAGCCGAGAAGAAUUUGAGGCUAGAAAAGCAGAUUUGAAGAGGAAGCGUGAGCUUGAGAUGCGUAGGGACAGGUUGGCGGCGGCCGCCACUUCCGCCAUCAAGCCGCCGAAUCCCCAUUCGUUCCUCUCAGGUCAGCCAUGUUUACCUUCGGUUUGCAUCAAACCUUUGUCGUUUUCGAUCGCUUCCUCGCCUCUCUCAAUCCCAGAGGAAUCUGCUACGCAUACGGAGAUCUCUUCUCAACUCUUCUCGCUAUUGUCCUUCCCAAAUUGGCAGAAGAACGCUUCUCUCAGGAGGCUGUUACCUUCCCUGUCCCCUUCUCAUGUCUCCUCUCUGUUCUCCCGAAACCCGUCUCUCGAUCCCCACACUGCCAUCUCCUUCUUCGAUUAUCUCUCCAGUGUUCCCUCAUUCAAGCUCGAUACACAGUGCUAUUUGUCGCUCUUGCACAUUCUGAUUCCCCGUAGGAUGUUCCAGGCAGCGGAUAGAAUACGCGUUUUGAUGGUUAAAUCAUGUGAAAGCGCCGAUGAAACGAAAAAUGUGGUUAGUUUGUUUCUAGGAAUGCAUAAUACUGAUGAUCAUGGUGGUGGGAGUGGUUUAAGAUUUGAAUUUAAGCUCAAUGUUAGGUCUUGUAACACGAUGCUAAUGUCUUUGUCGAGGUUUAUGUUGAUUGAGGACAUGAAAUGCUUGUAUCUUGAGAUGAUAAGGCGUAAGAUUUCACCUAAUGUUUACACAUUCAAUACUAUUAUACACGCUUGCUGUAAACUGGGCAAUGUAACUGAAGCUGAGAUGUAUUUGAGCAAGAUCUGUCAAACUGGGUUGAGUCCUGACGCUCAUACGUACACCUCAUUCAUCCUUGGUCAUUGCAGGAAAAUGGAUAUAACUAGUGCACGUAAGGUGUUCGAUGAAAUGCCUAAAAGGCAGUGUCAGAGGAGUCACGUCUCCUAUAAUGUUCUGAUGCAUGGGUUGUGUGAAGCAGGGAAGGUUGAUGAGGCAGUGGAGUUAUUUUCCCAAAUGGGGAGUGAUCAUUGUGGUCCAAAUGUACAUAGCUAUACGAUUUUAAUCGAUGCAUUAUGCGAUUUGAAUAGGGAAAUGGAGGCAUUGAAUCUGUUUGAUAAAAUGGUGGAGAAAGGUUGCCACCCGAAUGUGCACACUUACACGGUUCUCAUUAACGGGAUGUGUAAAGACAAGAAGCUUGCUGAAGCAAGAAGGUUAUUAGAUGCGAUGAGGGAAAGAGGUCAGGCUCCAAAUGUUGUAACGUACAAUGCUAUGAUUGAUGGGUACUGUAAAGUGCAAAACAUGAAUUCUGCAAUGGAGAUAUUCAACUUGAUGGAGUUAAAUAAAUGUAAGCCAAAUGUACGCACAUAUAAUGAGUUGAUUUCUGGAUUUUGUGGUGUGAGAAUGGUUCACAAAGCAAUGGGAGUACUUGAUAAAAUGCUUGAACAGAAUCUAUCUCCAUCUGUUGUCACGUUCAAUUUGUUGGUCCGUGGACAGUGUGGUGAGGGUCAUAUAAACAGUGCUCUCAGACUGCUUACGUUGAUGGGUGAGAGUGGUGUGGCUCCUGAUGAGUGGACCUAUGGUUCUGUCAUCGAUGCAUUAUGUGAAAAAGGCUGCCUUGAACAUGCUCAUUCUAUAUUUGACUCUUUGAAGGAGAAGGGCAUAAAGGCAAAUGAAGUCAUAUACACCACUUUGAUAGAUGGUUAUUGCAAAAUAGAAAAUCCUGAUGCUGCGGUAACAUUGUUCAAAAGGAUGCUUGAUGAACAGUUAUUUCCAAAUUCAUGCACCUAUAAUGUAAUACUUGCCGGUUUAUGCCAAAGCAAUAAGCUCAAGGAAGCCACUCAUUUAUUGGAAAGAAUGGAAGAAAGAGGGGUCAAACCCACAGUAGUUACUUACAGUAUUCUGAUAGAGAAGUUGCUAAAAAGUAAUGAUUAUGGCCGUGCUUCUGAGGUACUUAGUUUAAUGGUGUCCUCAGGGACUAAACCCGAUGUUUGCACUUACACUUCAUUUCUUGUGGCUUACUGCAACCAAGGGAAGUUGGAAGAAGCUGAAAAAUUGAUGGCAAAAAUGAUAAAGGAUGGGAUUAAGCCAGAUUUGAUGACCUAUACAGCAUUGAUGGAUGGAGAAGGGCGCCUUGAAGAAGCUUGGAUGCUUGUCGAUCAUAUGAAAAACUGUGGAAUGUCUCCUGGUGAAGAUAUCUAUAACACACUGAUAAAAUGUUGCUGCAAGUCAAAAAGGCAUGAUGCUGCAGCAAAGUUGGUUGAUACAAUGACUAGUCAUGGGUUUUUACCCCAUUUGGAAGCUUACAAUUUCCUUAUUUGUGGGCUUUAUGGAGAAGGAAGUAAUGAGAAGGCUAAGGAAGCCUUCUUGAAGCUUCUUAGCUGUGGUUAUAAUAAUGAUGAAGUUGCAUGGAAACUGUUAAUUGAUGGCUUACUUAAGAGGGGGCUCUCUGAUGAGUGCUCUGAGCUUUUAGGUGUCAUGGAAAAAAAUGGUAACCAGAUUCAUCCUCAAACACAUACGAUGCUGAUGGAGGGACUUCUCCAAACAAAGGGGCUUGCAAAAGAAUAGACAAAUUGCUCAAUUAAGGAGCUGUGGACCACCUUCAGUCCUAGCACAUUCAUUCCCAGUUUUGCAAUGAUUCAUAUGCAAUCCUGAAAGUCUGAAACCAUGCCAUUUCAGUCAAGAAAUCUUGUCCAAGUGG